AUGAAAAGGGUUCUCGUCUGCUGUGUGCUCGUCGCUGGACUAAAUUUGAUCUAUGUUCAUGGCAAUGAACAGGAACAUAUCGCUGCCCAAAACCAGGACCACAAUGAAACAAUCGAUCUCGAUAAAGUGGCUCAAAUAGUUCUACCUCCGUCGCAUGAGACUCGCGUUAUUGGCGGACAUGUAACCACAAAUGAAAAGCUUGGAGGAUACUUAAUGGCAUUAUUCUAUGAAAAUGAUUUUGUCUGCGGUGGAACUCUACUACACGAACUAAUAGUUCUAACGGCGGCUCACUGCUUUCUGGGCCGGAUGAGGAGUAAAGAUUGGAUUGUCGUUGGAUCGAUGUCGCGACUUGAUCAAACCGGAAUACGUCGUCCUAUUAAAGAAUUUAUCCUAGCUGAUAAGUUUCGGGAGACUGACAUGAAUAUGGAUGUUGCAUUGAUGUUGCUGAAAACUCCAAUGACGGGAAAGAAUAUAGGAAAACUAAAGCUGUGUACGAAAGAUCUCAAGGCAGGCGUUAAGCUGAAUGUUGCCGGUUGGGGAAUGACCGUGGUCAAAGGUCGUGGGCCAAAGACUUUACUACGUACGGUCACAGUGCCAAUUAUUAACAAGAAAAAAUGCCGUGCUGCCUAUCAGCCAACGGCUAACAUAACAGAUAGUAUGAUAUGUGCUGCAGUUCUGGGAAAGAAAGAUGCAUGCACCUUUGACUCAGGUGGCCCAAUGGUGUACAAGAAGAAGCAGAUUUGUGGCAUUGUGUCUUUUGGCAUUGGAUGUGCCAGUAAACGUUAUCCUGGCGUCUAUACGGAUGUCUUUUACAUGAAGCCUUUUAUUGAGCAGACUAUGAAAGUAUUGCUGGCGAAGUCUUAAUAAAGAAGUUUU